UUAAUAGACAAGGCUGUUGAUCUCCCUUAUUAGACUGGACUUCAAAUAGAAAAAUCAUUCAAAUAGAGGAGAGUCCUCUGGCAGCUGUCUUCUGUAAGGUGGGACACAUAUCCCUUCCCCACAUAUUCCACCAAUUUAAUCAUUUUCACAGUGAUCCCCGCAGUACACAUGCUCCUCUGUUUUCCUCAGAAAAUCAGCUUGCUCUUCUUAGUUGUCUGUGUAAGGAGACUAGGCUUCUGUCCUCCUUGAUACAUUUUAGUAUUAAAGUAAAGCUGUGGAAGGGGGUCUUGGAGUCGGAGAUUAAGCGUGAGGCUGAUUAGAGGAUCUUGGGAGUCUGAAGUUAACGGUUCUGGGGAAAGAGGAAACGUUCUGAAUCUGACUUCCUACAGACUUCAGGUUCCCUAGGGUCGGUGGACUGAGCCUAGUAACAAUUAUUUUUUGGGUCCAGAAGGGAGGGACCAGCAGUUGUACACAUGUCUGUGUGUGGCUGAGAGGAGCAGGCAAGUGUGGGAGCCAUGGAAUUCUGGAGCAGCCAUCUUGUGGGUCACAUGACUCUCUUUCCAGCUCUUCUAGAAUUUGAGAACAGUGGGAGUUAGUUUAUAGUUCUGAAGAGGAAGUCCCUGAGCGUAAGGAAGGCGGUUGCAGCUCAGGGGUGGCCCAAGUUUCUGUGCCAAAGGAAAUCCUGCCAAUAUCUUCCAAUGGUUGAGAGCCACAAGGCACAGCCUCGCUGCUGUUUCUCCUUCUGCAACGAUCCCCAUACAGUACCUUCCCUAGUUAUAUCUUCUCUGUCAACGGACCUGGCUGUCAACACUGCUUCCUUAUUCCCCCUAUGAUUCCCACCCCCUUCCUUUGCCAGGGCCUUGCUUCUCCCUCUCCCUUUCCUCAACUUCAGCCAGGCAUAAUACUAUUCCUUUCCCUCUGCUUUCCAGCGAUUACUGCUUCCUCCUGAGCCUUAAGCCCUACCCCAUGCUCCCGGGAUCCAUUUGGCCACUGUGUGGCUAGGGAAAGGGAUGAGAGAAGGAGAAAAGGCACUCUAAUUCUCUCACACAUUUUUUGACUUACCCUUAUAGAUCAGCUUCUUCCCUUCACCUUUCUAAACCUGUCAGGAGCUGCACCUGAACUGCACGGCAGCCAUAUAUGAUUUGUGAGAAACGGUUUGACCGCCUAGGCCGCAGUCCCGUAAUCCAGUAUUUUUCCGUUUAAGAAUUAUGUUUAGAAAGCCUGCUGUGCUGCUCCUUUUGCAAAUCCCUUCAGCGGCGAUGGCUAAAGAGUCGCUAAAUGUUGUUGCAUGAAAAUAAUGUUACUUUGCUUUGGAGCUGUGUGGAUCCAGAAUAGCAUUUGUCAAACCACGGGCUACAAGGAAACAAGGAUUUCUUGUAAAGGACACGACUUGGUUUUCACGAGAACAUGGAAGAGUCACUUGAGUGGGCCAGGUGCAAAUGGCAGCGCAUGGUUUCUGCAGAAGGCAAUAAUGACGUCACCUUCCAGCAGCCGGCCAAGACCAUCAGUAAACACAGGAUCGUUAUACCAUGUCUGGGGCAUUUUAAGGAAGAAUACGAAAAAGUAUCCCACCUGUAUCAAAACAACAGAAUACGGACUACAAAGUACCGACUUUGGAACUUUAUACCGAAGAACAUAUUCGAACAGUUUCACAGAGCUGCCAAUUUAUAUUUCUUAUUUAUAGUUCUGCUGAACUGGGUUCCAGUGGUGGAAGCUUUCAGGAAAGAAAUCACCAUGAUCCCUCUCGUUGUGGUUCUCACAAUUAUUGCUGUGAAAGAUGGUGUCGAGGAUUACGCAAAAUACCAGUUGGACAAAAAAAUAAACAACAUAGUGACUCAAGUCUAUUGUAGAAAUAAAAAGGCAUAUGUCGAGAAGUUCUGGAAAGAUGUUAAAGUUGGCGAUUUUAUCCGACUGUUGUGUAAUGAGGAGAUUCCCGCUGACAUGGUGCUGAUAUAUACUAGUGAUGGAGAUGGGAUCUGUCACAUUGAAACAUCAAGCCUUGAUGGAGAGACCAACCUGAAACAGAGACAGGUUGUGAGAGGAUUUGGCGAUCAGGAAACUGAAGUUGAUCCGGAAAAUUUCGCAAGCAGGAUAGAGUGUGAGGCGCCAAACAAUGAUCUUACCAGGUUCCGGGGGUUUAUGGAGCACCCAGAUAAUGAACGAGUGGGCCUGAGCAAGGACAACUUGCUGAUGAGAGGAUGCACCAUCAGAAAUACAACAGUUGUUGUUGGCAUUGUGGUGUAUGCAGGUCACGAAACCAAGGCAAUGUUAAACAACACAGGGCUUCGGUACAAGCGAAGUAAGCUAGAGAAGAGCGUAAACAAAGACAUCAUCUGGUGUGUUCUGCUUCUAGUUGUGAUGUGCUCUAUAGGGGCCGUGGGUCACGGGUUUUGGCUAGGUGCCCAUCCAGACCCACCUCUCUAUAGUAGCGGGAAGCAAAUUGCUCCAGCAAUGGGAGCGUUUUUUAUGUUCUGGACAAUGAUAAUUUUAUUGCAGGUUUUGAUCCCGAUUUCUCUUUAUGUCUCCAUUGAAUUUGUCAAAUUGGGGCAAAUCUAUUUUAUCCGGAAUGAUCUUGAUUUGUACCAUGAACCGACGGACACCGGGAUCCGGUGUGGAUCACUGAAUAUUGCCGAAGACCUUGGGCAGAUUGAGUACGUUUUCUCUGAUAAGACCGGAACCCUCACUGAGAACAAAAUGGUUUUCCGAAGAUGCAGCAUUGCGGGGAUGGAAUACGGUCAUGAAGAGAACGCUAAGAGGCUAGAAUCAUACCUAGAUUAUGAUGAAGAAGAAGAUGAAGAAGGAAUACGCGCUUCACAUUCCUCUUUGAAGCGUCCGUCAAGGUUUUCCACCUGCAAAUCGGGUUAUUUCCAGAGUACAAAGUCUUUGAGCCACUUGUUUAGCUCCACCUCCGCCUUGCGAACUAGUAUAUCACGCACGACACAAAUGGCCUUCAGCAGCCCAAUUGAGACUGAUGUUGUGCCAGAUGAACUCCUUGAAAGGAAGUUGAGGAGGAUCACUUUCAAAUCCUAUACAAUAUCUGAGACGGUAGGGCUAACGCCAGAGAUAGUGUACAUCGCUGAAUUCUUCAUCGCUCUGUCGAUUUGCAACACUGUCGUUGUUUCAACGCCUGAUCAACCACAGCGAAAGAGGCGAUGGACUCCCAAAAACCGAGUUCCCACUUCACACUUUAUGGACCUGAAGCAAAUUUUCCAUAAGUUAUCUGCCCGAAAAAUAAGCCCCACCUCUGCUCGAAGCUCAGGUAUAGCCGAAUCAGAGUCUGAAAGCUCGCGUUCACAGAAGCUGUCCAUUUUCCGUGUGAAGUUUCCGUCAUCUCUUUCGAAUCAAAGCUCUUCGUCCGGAAGCCCAACCAGCUCCAUAGUGUCAGGGCACGACGAAACAGAGACCUCAAGUAGGUCAAAAGAAUUGGCACCCGGAACCGGGGCUGGGUCAUCUCCUGAAGGCGAUCUGUUCUAUGAAGCAGAGAGCCCUGACGAAGCGGCCUUGGUUUACGCUGCCAGGGCUUACCAAUGCCGUUUGCAGUCUAGGAGUCCCGAACUGGUGACGGUACACUUGGAACCUUUGGGACUGUUAACGUUUCAGCUGCUACACAUCUUGCCUUUCGAUUCCGUCCGCAAACGGAUGUCCAUUGUGGUGAGGCACCCCAUUUUGAACCACAUCGUCGUGUACACCAAAGGAGCAGACUCCGUCAUGAUGGAUUUGCUGGAGAAAGACUCAACAGGUAUUAAAAAGAUUGACGCGCAGAUGAAAAGAAUUAAGGAGAGAACUCAGAUGCAUUUGGAUGAUUAUGCUGCACAAGGACUGCGCACUCUCUGUGUAGCUAUGAAGGUGUUGACUGAUGAGGAAUACAACGAAUGGUUAAAAGGAUAUUAUUCCGCGGAACACAACAUAGAGUGCCGGGACGAAAUGCUCCUUGAGUCGAUGCAGAAGCUUGAGAACAAAUUAACACUGCUUGGUGCCACCGGAAUUGAAGACCGAUUGCAGGAAGGUGUUCCAGAAACCAUAGAGGCGCUCCGAAAAGCAGGAAUUAAAAUCUGGAUGCUAACUGGCGAUAAAAGCGAGACAGCCAUCAACAUAGCACAUUCCUGUAGAUUACUGGCGCCGAGUGAUUUCAUCUUCAUCCUGCAGUCUGAUCGCCUGGAUUCCUGUUCGUUGAAGAUGGACAAGAUUUUGGAAGACAUCAAGUGGAAAGAAAGCUAUGAUGCAAACCAUUUGAGAAUCCCAACCUCAUCGGUUGCUCAAAUUCCACAUUUCACUGCUGCCCUAGUUAUAGAUGGAGCAACAUUAGAAUUUGCCUUGCACGACAGUGUGGCGAGCAAGUUCCUGCAGCUCACAACACAUGUACGGGCUGUCAUCUGCUGCCGAGCCACCCCUCUGCAGAAGAGCCGAGUGGUGGAAAAGAUCCGAAAGGAACUGAAGGUGAUGACAUUGGCUGUAGGUGAUGGUGCCAACGAUGUUAGUAUGAUCCAAGUUGCUGAUGUUGGAAUUGGAAUUGCUGGCCAAGAAGGCAUGCAGGCUGUGCUGGCGAGUGAUUUUGCGCUUUCUCAGUUCAGACAUCUCAGCAAGCUGCUGUUCGUACACGGCCACUGGUGUUACACACGAUUAGCGAACAUGAUCCUUUACUUUUUUUACAAGAAUUUGGCAUAUGUAAACCUCCUGUUCUGGUUCCAGUUCUUCUGUGGGUUUUCAGGAACACCCAUGACCGACUACUGGAGUUUGAUUUUCUUCAAUCUGCUCUUCACAUCAGUACCACCUGUCAUUUAUGGCGUUUUGGACAAAGAUGUCUCCGCAGAAGUCCUGUUGCACUUGCCAGAACUUUACAAGGCUAGUCAGAGAAACGAGCCAUACCUGUUUACAACCUUCAUAAUGAACUUAUUAGAUGCUUUUUACCAAAGUCUAGUUUGCUUUUUUAUCCCUUACUGGACCUACAGUGGCUCUGAUAUAGACCUCUAUUCUUUCGGGAGUCCUAUUAACACCUCCAUGUUUUUUACAAUAUUAUUACACCUCGUGAUUGAAAGCAAAUCUUUGAAUGUGGCACACUUCUCUGUUCUAGCUGGUAGCGUCUUCCUGUUCUUCAGCAUUAUUGGGACCUUUGGAGCUACCUGCGUCCUCUGCAACCCACCAGCCAAUCCAUAUUGGAUAAUUCAGAAACAUUUGUCUACUCCAAGGUUUUAUCUGGUGUGCAUACUUGCAACUCUUUUGGCUCUUCUUCCAAGGUAUUUGUUCAGGGUGAUCCAGGCCACAGCAUUUCCAACUCCACUGCUAAAGGCCAAGAACUUGGAAGGUCGGGUCCUUACAGGACGGAAGAGUCUGCUGCGCAGUGCAAGUGUAGCCCCAUCGUGAGGGGUAGAAUUGAUCACCAAGGGACAAAUGGGGAUUCUGGGUCUGCUAAUUCUGAAGACUCAGCAAAAGAAAACAACAUCAAGUGUUGUGGUUUGUUGCUGUUGCCAAUACAGCUAGUGCCAUUUUGUAAUAAUGUUGGAGACAGUCUGAACAGGCACCCAAGGGACAUCUGAAAAUGGUGGCAGGCUGAGUUGUGAGGGCACUGAAAUGUUUAAGCCCCUCAAAGGAAUUCUAUUCCAUCACAUAUGGAGCUAGUGAUUCUUAAGUUGGAGGGUUAGACUUGACUUCUGAAGAGGACCACACUGAUAUUUCUCUCGUGAAUAAGGCUGAUUCGGAUUCUGCCUAGGGCAUAUAGGAGGGUUUAAAACACUCUGCCAAAAAGAGAGUGUUAUUUAUGCUUUAAUGUCCAAAAGAGGAAGGGUGGUACAUUUAAAUGAUCUUUCUCACAUGACUUUUCUUCUUUUUAUAUGAAAUUCAGCCACCACCCACUGCUUGUGCUUUUUUUUAUAGACAAAAAAGUACUUAGAAUAAUUUGUUCAAGAUAUAAGCAAACAAAGAAAUGCUGCCCCUUGUUCCACGAUGGAUAAAUCAUUUCAUAUGAGCCUUGAUAGCAUGGGAAGAGAUAUUUAAGCCUGGCCAGGCAAGGAGGUUUUGGGAUUACUGAAUUUUGACUUUAUUCUUUCUACUGUUAUUAUAAUGUUUGGUUUCUGGGGCAGUCAGUGUUAGAGCAGUUCUGUCUAACAAGAUGCACAGUAGUUCCCUCUGAAAACAGCUGUGCAAAACCUAAAUCACUUUCAUAAUAAAACAGUAUUUGUAACUCUUCAUGGAAGCAAGAUUCAUAGAUGAUAGGAGCCACUUCUCUGGAGAAUAAACUAGCUGAGGAUGCAGGAAAGACAUUUCUACACAAGCACAGCAUUUUUGUAUAUAUGAUGAUUAUGUGAAUGUGAGAAACUGUCUGCGCUUUUAUUUCUUUAUGGAAGGAAUACUGUUAAAUUUGUUCUUUUAGAAAUGAAUAUUUGUACUGUAAA